AUGGGCUGGCCACAGUGUAAUUCGACGGUAGAAAAUGAGACCAUUCAUGAGGUAGAAUUGUGGGAUGGCGGCCUCACUUUUCACACUCUCUGCUUGAUUGCCGGAGGAGCUUUCGCUCUCACCGGGGCCUGCAUUUCAUUCUUUUUGAUUAUGUGCCAUGCCACUCACUACAGCAAACCCACAGAACAACGCCAUGUCAUCCGCAUUCUUCUCAUGAUCCCUGUCUACUCCCUCGUCUCAUGGCUCGGAACCUAUUACUACAAGAAAAGCGUCUAUUUCAGCGUGCUCGGCGACUGCUACGAAGCUUUUACGAUCGCCGCCUUCUUCGCCCUUCUCUGCCACUACAUCGCGCCGGACCUCCAUAGUCAAAAGGAUUAUUUUCGCGGAAUCGAGCCCAAGCCAUGGGUCUGGCCGAUGAACUGGCUACAGAAAGUCUGGGGCGGGGAGCAUGGAAUCUGGCGCACGCCGCGGAGCGGGCUGACCUGGUUUAACGUUGUCUGGGUUGGUGUCUUCCAGUAUUGUCUUUUGCGCGUGCUCAUGACUAUCGCCGCGGUGCUUUCGCAAAAGGGCAAUGUCUAUUGUGAGGAAACGCUGAAUCCGAAGUUCGCGCAUAUCUGGGUGAUGGCUGUCGAGUGUAUCGCCGUCAGUAUCGCUAUGUACUGUCUGAUCCAGUUCUAUAUCCAGGUCAAGGACGACAUUAGCCAACAUCGACCAUUCUUGAAGAUUCUCUCCAUCAAGCUGGUGAUUUUCCUUUCCUUCUGGCAAGGGAUUAUGAUAUCCUUUCUCUUCUCCGCCGGGGCCAUCAAAGCGACCAAGAAGCUUCACGCCAGUGACCUGAAAGUGGGACUGCCCAAUUUCUUGGUCUCCAUGGAAAUGGCCAUCUUCGCGGUUCUGCACCUGUGGUCCUUCGCAUGGCAACCGUAUUCCCUCCAAAAUCCUCACCCAGCCGAGGUCACCGACUUUUACGGAAACGGCAAGGCGACGUAUCAGGGUGGCCGGUUUGGAUUGCGCGCUCUCGGUGACACCUUUAAUCCGAUGGAUCUCAUUCGGUCCGUGGCCCGGAGUCUCCGAUGGCUCUUCGUGGGUCGCAAGAGACGCACCAUGGACCCCAGCUACCAGACCUCCAGCGAAGGAAUCGGUCUCAGUUCCAACGGCGGCGUCCCCAUCACGACAGCCGGGGCCGGGGCCUCGAUCGCUGGCGGUCGUCGCACCACCACUACCGGUCGAUAUGGCACCUCGCCCGACGAUGAAGACGACGGGCUCCUGUCCCACGCGCAGCCUAAUCCUGCCUCUCACUCUCCGACGGACACCAUGAUGCCGCCGGGCUACGAGGAAACCGAUAGCCGCUUUUACAACCAUAACCGGCUCAGCGCCAUCUCUCUGCUUGAACCGGGCAUGCACUCUCCGCAGCCGUACUCACCCUACGAAGACAGAUUUCACAAUCCUUACAUGAACAUGAUGCCGGAGGAAUCGGCGCUCGAUCAUUCCCCCGUUGAUCAGCACCCGAACAGUCAACUACCGAGCCAGAAUCUCACAUCUCAUAACCACCCCCCUGCUAUCACCAUCAACACCAACACCACUCCAUACCCCUCCGAUGAGCUACAAGAACAAGCUCCCAUUCCUCUCCCGGACUCAUACCGCCCGCCUCCGCAACAUCACGAUAGUGAUCCUUACAUUCAACGAUAUCCUCACUCAUAG